UCGAUCAUGUCCCGUGAAACAAUCUUACAAGCUGUUCUUGUGCUGGUCCUUCUGUCUUCGCAUACAGAUCACUCCCAUGGCAAGUUCAGUAUGCAGGGAUCCGCGAGCGUAACCAAUGGCUUCCUAGCCUUGACGAACGCCACUAAACAUGCUUACGGUCAAGCUUUCGAUAUGAAUCCGAUGCCUUUCAAGAACUCCUCCAACGGUACCGCAACUUCUUUCUCUGUCACCUUCUUUUUCGCCAUAGUUCCUGAACAGAAGCACAACGGCUCCCAUGGAAUGGCUUUUGUCAUAUCCCCCACCAAUGGCAUACCGGGAGCUUCUGCUGACCAGUAUCUCGGGAUCUUCAGUCCUUCCAACAAUGGCAGCAGCUCCAACCACAUCAUUGCAGUGGAGCUCGAUAUCCAUAAAGACGAAGAAUUUGGUGACAUCAAUGACAACCAUGUCGGUAUCAACAUAAAUGGCAUGAACUCUGAGGCAUAUGCUCCUGCGGGUUAUUAUGAUCACGGCGGUGAAUUCAGAAACCUUUCAUUGAUAAGUGGAGAUAUGAUGAGAGUCACAAUCGUAUAUAGCGGGACAGAGAAGCUGCUUAAUGUGACCUUAAGCCCUGCAGACAUGGCUGUUCCACCAGAGCGACCACUUUUGUCUUUUAGCCGAGAUCUUUCCCCUUACCUGUUGGAGGAGAUGUAUCUUGGCUUCACAGCCUCAACAGGGUCCAUUGGAGCAAUUCAUUAUAUGUGGAUAUGGUAUGUUUAUACACUGAUCAUGUAUCCAAACCUAGACUUUAACUAUAUACCCGUCCUCCCUCCAUAUCCGAGGAAAGCGUCUCUGAGAACAAGGAUCGUUUUGAUUAUCACCUCGACACUGUCUGUGUUUGUUGCUCUUGUUGCCUCUGUUAUCGGCUUCUACUUCUAUUCGAAGCACAAGAAGGUUAAAGAGGUUCUUGAAGAAUGGGAGAUCCAAUUCGGGCCGCAUAGGUUUGAAUACAAGGAACUCUUCAAAGCAACAAAGGGUUUCCAGGAGAAACAACUUCUCGGCAAAGGAGGUUUCGGCGAGGUAUAUAAGGGUAACCUACCGGGUUCUAAUGCUGAAAUUGCAGUGAAAAGGGUUUCUCAUGAUUCACAUCAAGGAAUGAGGGAAUUCUUGGCUGAGAUAUCGACCAUUGGCCGGCUCAGACACCCAAACUUAGUUCGACUUCUCGGUUAUUGCAGGCAUAAGGCCAAACUAUACUUAGUUUAUGACUUCAUGCCCAAUGGGAGUCUCGACAAGUUCCUAUACCGCUGUCCAGAUCACCAAAAACUCAACUGGGGUCAGCUUUUCAAGAUCAUAAAAGACGUGGCCUCCGCCCUUCACUACUUGCACCACCAAUGGAUGCAAGUCGUCAUUCAUCGAGACAUCAAGCCUGCAAAUGUCCUGAUCGACCAUGACAUGAACGCCAGGCUCGGGGAUUUCGGACUGGCCAAGUUGUCCGAACAGGGGUAUGAUCCAAUGACAACUAAUGUAUCUUGAACAUUCGGGUACAUGGCGCCCGAGUUUGUCAUAACCGGAAAAGCAACCACGAGCACAGACAUGUACGCCUUCGGGCUGUUCAUGCUGGAAGUCGCCUGCGGAAGAAGACCCAUAAAGCCACGCGAAUCACCUGACAAGAUUGUCCUCGUGGAUUGGAUAUUAGAUUGCUGGGAAAGCGGAGAUAUUCUCGAGGCCAUUGACGGAAACCUCAGUCAAGAACAAGACCGUGAACAACAACUUGUGAUGGUCCUUAAGCUUGGAAUGCUUUGUGCACACCGGGUUCCGGCAGCUAGGCCUGCCAUGUCUACUGUAAUGAAGAUCUUGGACGGCGUUACGCGUCUUCCGGACAACCUGCUCGAUCUCGUCAAGGUCGGCAGAUACGAAGGAUUGUCGGAUACAUACGACGAGGUGAUUGAUGUGGUGAAUCUUCACAACUCCUUGUGCACCUUCUCGUUAACCGAACCUUUCACAUCCCGUGGACGCUGAAAGAUUUUAAUGUAGUUGCGAGUUAAACCUUAAUGUGUUGGUCAUGUAGUUAUUCCUAGCAGUAGCAAACGAUCUGGAUCGUCGAUUGGUGCAACGGUAGAUCAGAUGGUGUGUUCCAUAUGUCUGUAAGCGAGAUUGUAAAUUCUGUCUCCUCCUCCUGUUCGGGUUUCGGUUCGGGUUUA